UUAAAUAUUAACGUAUACAAGACGACUUUCGAAAAGCAAAGUUUUAUUAUACUAUUGGAUCCAUAAACCUAAAGAAAACAAAUUUUGUUAAAUCUAUGCCAAGUACAUUUUAAAAGUGAAAACAAUGUCUGAGCACAAGAUCUUUCUGCAAGAGCACAAAGAUAAAGUGGAAAGUAACGUUAACAAGUUGAGGGAAGCGGCAAAUGGUGACGAUGCUAGUGCAAGGAGAUCGGCGUUAAUUUCCGUUAUAAACGAUACCUUUAAUUGUUACCUUGCUAGAUAUAUGUCGAAAAGCUUUCAAGAGCUGAUAGAGCAGCACCGACGAGAUGUUUUGGACACCAUCUGUAAAAAUACUGAGAUACUGAAAAGCUUAUGUGAUCUUCACUUGAAUCCAGAUUCGGAGAUAUUGUCCAUGACUCAAGAUUUGGAGAUAUUGUCCUUACAGCUGAUGGUGGAGCUUACCGAUAAGUCGGAUGAUUUAUGUAAUGCUGUUUGUCAAAUACCAGAAUAUCUUGCUUUUUUGAAGGGAGUUUUAGAUAGCAAUAAUACUGUUGAUGAUGAUGACAAAGAUGGUGAUGACAAUGAUGGUGGUGAUGGUAGCGGUAGUGGUGGUAAUGAUGAUGAUAGUGAUGGUGAUGAAAUAUCAGAUGGCAAGAAAAAGCGGUUAUACUUCGUCAUUACCAUUGUCCAUAACCUUGCGAAGAAUGAAAACAACCUGUCUGUGUUACGUAAUUGCGAAUUACAACUAUCGUUGAGAAAAUACAUAUAUGAUGAUGAUACAACUAUUGUUGCUCUUCUUGGUUUUGCUGCAAUUAUGUCCGAGGAAGAAAACAUGACCAUUGAGGGCCGUGGUUCAAUAAUUAAAACAUUAAUGGAUGAACUGGAAAGCAGCCUAGAUAGCGAUGUACACAUAUCAAUAGGUGGUUGGGAAAGUAUCGACUUGGAAAGAGGAAUUCUCAAUCUAGCCAGAUGUGACGACAAUAAAAAGAUGUUAGUGGAACAAAAUUGUUUGCCUAACAUGUUGAAGAUGGCCAAGUCUCAGAAUCCAACUGAGCGGAUGAUUGCCUUGAGAUGUUUAUGGACGCUUGUUUUUGAUGAUGACAUCAAAAAGAAAGUAGUUGAUGAGCCCGGUAUGGUUGAUUUUCUUGAUGGAAAACGGCGAUCACCAGAUGAAGAAAAUAAAGACGAUACAAAACUUUGCCAUAAUAUCCUAUGGACUCUACGAGAUACUCUAACAAAAUCUGGUAGAUAUGAAACAAUUGGAAAAGAAAUGAGUGUGGUUUCAGUGGACGAUGGUUGCAAAGAAGGCGAUUUCCAAAAUUUAACGGAGGAAGAACAACCUGUUGGCCAGAUAAUGAUGAGUUAUACUUUGGAUAAACAGGAUUCAGUGAUACAAAUACGAGAUCAACUCAAGGCUAACAAUUUUAGGGUAUGGAUGGAUAACGAAGCAUCAGCUCUUGAGGCGAUGAUCAAAGCUGUUGAUACAGCUAAGAUUGUAAUCAUGUGUGUCUCUCGAAAACACAAAAACAGUGAAAAAUGCAGAGCUGCGGCCGAAUAUGCCAUUCAGAAGAAAAGAAGGAUUAUACCCGUACUGAUGGAAUCAAGUUACAAACCAGACGGAUGGUUGGGAAUUAUUUGUGGAGAAAAAUCAUGGUAUGAUUUCAGUGAUGGCCAGUUAACAAAUUCAAACAUGGAAGGAUUUCUAAAAGCAGUGAAAAAUGUCAAUGUCUUGAAAUAAUCUAUGUUACUUUACGUUAAUCCACAAGCCGCACCAUAAUAUGACUACGAAAAGGUUUUAAUGGAUGUGAUUCAGUUAACUUAAAUUUGUAAUGGUUUCAUUGAUUAUGGUUUUAUUGGUGCCAAUGAACAAACAUAAUGCCAACAAGACUUUUAUUUAUUGGUGCCAAUAAGCAGGCAUAAUGCCAACAUGAUUAUGAUUUAUUAUGAUUCUAUUGAUGUCAAUAAACAAGCACGGUGCCAACAUGAUUUCGAUUUAUUGUGAUUUUAUUGGUGCCAAUAAACAGGCAUGAUGCCAGCAUGAUUUUAAUUUAUUAAGAGUUUAUUAGUGUCAAUAAACAAGCAUGAUAUCAACAUGAAUAUAAUGAUUUUUGGUGCCAAUGAACAAGCACGAUGCCAAUGUUUUCGAUUUAUUGUUAUUUUAUUAAUGUCGAUGAACAAGCACCUACUCCAAUAUUUGAUUUAUUUGUGCCAAUGAACAAGCAGGAUAGUAACAUGCUAUUUAUUUUAAAUAUAUAAUCGAUAAAAGAACAUGUUAACGUUUAUUUCAAUACAAAUGUAUUUUAAAAUUCACUUUUAUUUAUCACGAUAACGAUCAUACAAGUCAUAUAAAAGUGUUUUAGCCACCAUGUUCUUUUUUUUUAAAAAAAAAAUAAAUAAAGGCUGAAUCAUUUUAUUUGGCUUUCACAAUUUUAAAAUUCACUUUCAUUCACCAUACUAACGAGAAGUUAAUUGAUUAAUGUUGUUUAAUUUUAAUAGACAAACAGGGUGCCACCGUGGUCCAUUUAUUGUAAAAAAUGGAAUCAUUGUAAACAACUUUCACAAUUAAAAAUGUAUAUUAAGGAUAG